AUGGCAAGCGGGGGACAAUUCCCCCAGUCUCUCCCUCGGCCCCAUUCCACUCAGUCCUGGGCUCAAGUAGCCUCUUCUUCUUCGCGUACUCCGGCUCCUUCUCCUCUUCAUAAUCCUGAUCUUCUUGUAAAAUUAAAAAACUCUUCCCCGACUUUUGUCAAGUUUGAUGGAGAUUCUCUGUCCCGCGCUCAUCAACGGUUCCAACAUGCUCUAUUCGGCAAAUUUUUUGGCAAACCGCCUCCGUUCGAACAAGUGAAGAAAUCUCUGAUGGAUAAAUGGGCUUUUGUUGGCGAGCUCCAAAUCUCUGAUCUCCCGAACGGAUUUUUGCUUAUCCGCUGUCCCUCUCAUGAUGCCUCGCAGCAUCUCCUCACUAAUGGACCCUGGUCUAUUAAUGGUCUUACUCUUCAGCUUGCCCCUUGGAAGCCUUUCUUCGAGCCCGUCUUUGCUAAACUUACCACUGCUGCUGUAUGGGUUCAGCUGCAUAAUUUACCGAUUGAAUUAUGGGACGGUGAGUCCCUCGAUACCGUCACUGCUCACAUGGGCAAUUUGUUGAAGAUUGAUGAUCUUACUUUCAACUUAACCAGAUCAAAAUUUGCUAGAGUUUGUAUUGAUUUAGAUCUCUCCAAGCCUCUAAGUCGCGGCUUCUGGGUUGGAGAUGAUUCUCAGAGAGUUUUUGUUGUUGUCCUCUAUGAAAGACUUCCUACUUUCUGUUAUACCUGUGGGGUUAUAGGACAUGGAUCUAAGUCCUGCCCUCAUGCAACAAUAGCUGAAGAAGGUAGAACUUCUCCAUCCCUUCGGGAUCCCCGAAGGUCGGCGGUCAGUUCUCACCGGUCUUCAGAUAUCGCUGCUGAGAACGUGGACAUGGAUCAUGCUUCUGAUCAACCUCAAGGAGAGCAGAAUCCUCCAACUGAUCCCCCGGAUUCUAAGUUUGGCUCUUGGAUGCUUGUUUCCCGCCGGCGUGGUCGUGCCCGGAGCCGUGGAGCUGGGUCCUUCCCUGUUUCGGCUUUUGUUGGCGCGGCAGCCGAGGAAACAACGGCUCCCAACAUCCCCGUGAUGUCCCAUCCCGAGGCACUUGGAUUGGUGUGA